AUGGAUGAUCUAGCGCCUGCGCUGCAAAAGCUGCGCCUCGCAGAUGCACCUUCGGAAGGAAUUGAUGCCAUCCUCGACCAGCAACGCCCUAGGAAGCGCACGAGAAGAUCGCCAGACCACAUCCGCUCGAGCUUGGAGAAGGACUUUCUGGCACCCUCUACAUCCUUUAGCACUCCAUGGCUCGACCGUCUGCAACAGCGAUGGGAUUGUCCGACAAACCACGAGGAGCUCUUUGAACUGGCUCCUAGCCAAACGCGUACCAUCAUCAGAUUCACACGUGAAGGUCUUGAGGGCCGCGUUACUGGCUACAAGGAAGUCACUGUUCCAGCAAACAGCGCCACUGCAAAGAACUCAACCUCAAUCCUGAGAAAGCCCGCGAAUCGCGCAGACUUUGUGCGUGGUGCAGCCGGCUUCUUCCCCUUCGCUCCUGGAGGUCUAGAUGCGGUCGAAGCUACUGCUGCUGCUGAGGAACAGCUUCUGCUCGGAAACCAGGCCAACGGUACUGUCAAGCAAGGUGGACUGGACAAAGUCAUCAAUUUCGGACCUGACGGCGCACUACUCGAGCUUCCUCCUGGAUUUACCCGUGGACUGGAUUUGCAAAAGAAAGCGCCCACAGACCAGGCCACCGCUCAAGAGGUCGAAAAUGUACUGGAAGAAGAGCCUCGGGACCCUGUCGCCGCCAAUGGAGAUCUUGCUGACGAGGCCAAACCUGCGGAUGAGGACGAAGAUGAAGAAGACGAAGAAGAGUUGGACGCCCUUCUCCCAGUCGAAUUCCCUGCACUAGCCGCCAGAGGUCACCUCGGUCUGUCAAGUAACAAGAGAUCUGGUCAUGAAUGGGCUCACAUGGUCGACGUUAAUCGGCCAAUGCCCAACUUCCGAGAUUUGGUUCCAGAAAUGGCCCGUGAAUGGCCUUUCGAACCCGACACUUUCCAGAAGGAAGCCAUCUAUCAUUUGGAGAACGGCGACUCUGUCUUCGUGGCGGCUCACACUUCUGCCGGAAAGACGGUUGUUGCAGAAUAUGCCAUUGCAUUGGCAGCCAAGCAUAUGACCAAGGCCAUCUAUACUUCACCUAUCAAGGCUCUGAGUAACCAAAAAUUCAGAGACUUCCGUCAAGAGUUUGACGAUGUUGGUAUUCUGACUGGUGAUGUUCAAAUUCGUCCCGAGGCAAGCUGUUUGAUCAUGACUACUGAGAUCCUGCGAAGUAUGCUCUACCGAGGCGCGGAUAUUAUCCGUGAUGUCGAGUUCGUCAUCUUCGACGAGGUACACUACGUCAACGAUUUGGAGAGAGGUGUUGUCUGGGAGGAAGUCAUCAUCAUGUUGCCCGAGCACGUCACUCUUAUUCUGCUCUCUGCUACUGUACCCAACACUCUUGAAUUUGCUUCAUGGGUUGGACGUACCAAGAAGAAGAACAUCUACGUCAUCUCGACACCCAAACGUCCAGUGCCUCUGGAACAUUAUCUGUGGGCAGGCAAAGAGAUGUACAAGAUUGUUAACUCCGACAAGCAGUUUAUUGAAAAAGGCUGGAAGGAUGCAAAUGAUGUUCUGUCCGGCAAAGACAAGAUCAAGGCAGCUGAAGAGAAAGGUGGUGGUUCGCAGAGAGGUAGUCGUGGCCAGACACAACGUGGCGGUCCACAAAGAGGUGGUGCCCAGCGUGGCGGAGCGCAACAACGUGGUCGUGGAGGCGCACCUGCUCCGCGCGGUCAAGGCAACAUCGCCCGUACCGGCCGUGGAGGCGGUAGGACGACAGCAGCUCAAGAUCGUAACAUCUGGGUGCAUUUGAUCCAGCAUUUGCGCAAAGAGGAUCUGCUUCCCGCGUGUAUCUUCGUCUUCUCCAAGAAGAGAUGUGAGGAAAAUGCAGAGGCCCUGUCGAACCUGGAUUACUGCACUGCAACCGAGAAGAGCGCUAUCCACAUGAUCUUGGAGAAGUCUCUUGCUCGACUGAAGCCGGAGGACCGUCAGCUGCCACAGAUCCGUCGCCUGCGCGAGUUGCUCAGCAGAGGUAUCGCAGUUCAUCACGGUGGUAUGCUACCUAUUGUCAAGGAGUGUGUCGAGAUUUUGUUCGCCAAGACCUUGGUGAAGGUUCUGUUCGCUACCGAGACCUUCGCUAUGGGACUGAACUUGCCAACCAGAACAGUCGUCUUCUCUGGGUACCGAAAGCAUGAUGGACGUCAGUUCCGCGACCUCUUACCCGGAGAGUAUACACAAAUGGCUGGUAGAGCAGGAAGAAGAGGUCUGGAUCCUGUUGGUUCGGUCAUCAUCGUCGCUCCUGGAGCCGAUGAAGCACCACCCGCUGGUCGACUGAGACAGAUGAUGUUGGGUGAUCCUACCAAGCUUCGCUCGCAGUUCAGACUCACUUACAACAUGAUCUUGAACCUUCUCCGUGUGGAGGCUCUGAAGAUCGAGGAGAUGAUCAAGCGCAGUUUCAGUGAGAACGCGACUCAAGCAUUGUUGCCUGAGCAUGAACAAAAGGUCAAGCUUUCAGAAGCAGAUCUCGCAAAGAUCAAGAGAGAGCCUUGCGACAUUUGCGACAAAGAUCUGGAAGAAUGCCAUACCGCAGCUAUGAGAUACCAGCAACUCACAUCGGAUUUGCACCUUGCUCUUCUUGGCUCACCAAUCGGUAGAAGAAUGCUGCAACCCAAGAGAUUGAUCGUGUACAAGAGAGACGGUAUCAGGACGGUCGGUGUUCUGCUUCGCGAAGGCGUGUCCAAGGGUAUCUCGCCAAGUCUCUCGGUGAUGGAAGUUGUUCCUUCAAAGUCGAAGAGACAGAACGCCGAUCUACUGCCUUACCUUCCUCGAUACAGACGUCGUUUCACCCCACAACCUGCAGCUCCCGAGCAGAUGAAGCUCAGACUUGCAACAGUACCAUACAGUGAGCUCGAAUGUUUGACUGGAAGCACUUUGCAGUUUGACGUCACUGGCGCGUCAAGCAAGAUGCCAGAAGCCAUGGAGCAAGUCAAGGAGCAGUUGUUGGGCGCAUGCUCUGGCUGGACAUCCGCCACCUGGCAGGAAGCCGACUACUCUAGAAUCAAGGAAAUUGGUAUCCGUAAUAUCUUGGAUGAGCGCAGCAAGGCAGCAUACGACGCCCAAGAAAACAAGGAAAGCGUCCUUUGCGACAACCUGGACAAGCACUUUGCCAUGAUGCACGACGAAUGGCUCAUCAAGGAGAACAUCAACCAGCUUCGCGCAUUGAUGUCGGACCAGAAUCUGCAAUUGCUACCCGACUACGAGCAGCGUAUCGCAGUCCUCAAGGAUCUCGGCUUCGUAGACGAAAACUCCCGCGUCGAACUCAAGGGCAAGGUCGCCUGCGAGAUUCAUUCAGCCGAUGAGCUCGUACUGACCGAAUUGGUUCUCGAAAACGUGCUUGCCGAUUACGAGCCCGAAGAGAUUGUGGCACUGCUCUCCGCCUUUGUCUUCCAAGAGAAGACCGACCAGAUCCCGACCAUGACGCCAGCACUGGAACGCGGACAAGAAACCAUCAUCAAGAUUUCCGAAAAGGUCAACCAUUACCAAACCCUCCACCAAGUUAUUCUUUCCGCAGAUGACUCCAACGACUUUGUCAGCAGACCUAGGUUUGGCUUGGUCGAAGUUAUCUACGAGUGGGCGCGCGGUAUGUCGUUCAACCGCAUCACUGACUUGACGGAUGUGAUGGAGGGAACUAUUGUGCGUGUGAUUACGCGUCUGGAUGAGACUUGCAGAGAAGUCAAGAAUGCGGCAAGAAUUAUUGGUGACCCUACGUUGUUCACCAAGAUGCAGACUUGCCAGGAGAUGAUCAAGCGCGAUAUCUGUGCUACAGCAUCGUUGUAUAUGUAG